CUCUCUCUCUCUCUCUCUAUCUGUCUUCAGUAUUUGGGGAAGAUUAGGUCUCCAAAGGCAGGCUGACCCAGACUCCACACACAGCUUCAUCUAUACUCCGAAGACCUCUCUCUCUCUCUCUCUCUCUCUCUCUCUCUACCCAGUUGUUUAACACACAAGAUACGUACAUAUUUAUAUAUAUAUAUAUAUACUUGUGUUUGUGUAUGCAUACAUAUAACUUUUCAUUAUUGGGUUUCUGAUUAUGGAGAUGAUGGAUUAUUAUCAACUUGCUGCAAGGUGUUCUUACAAAGAUUCCCUCAAGGUCCUUGAGGCUGAUAUACACCAUGCCAAUAUGCUGGCAGCUUCUAUUCCUAGGACCAAGGGCAGUGCGUGUCUGCAAAUGAAAUUGGUCGACAAUCAGUUUGCGUCUGUUAUUUGGAUUUUGCUCCAAUGGAUGGAUUGCUCAUGUACAUGUUUGCUUUCGAGUUAUCUAAAUCUCUUUCACAUAGUUGUAUAUAAGAUGUCGCCAGAUGGGAAACCAAUUAUCACUUCACAUGGAAGGAGAGCAACUAUUAAAGAAUUCUAUGCUGUGAUAUUACCGUCUCUCCAGCGCCUCCAUGGUAACACCUCAGAGCUAGAAAUGAAUCAAGUCCUAGAUCAUGAUUUUGAAAUGAUCAUUGAAAAGAGAUUAGAGGAAAAGAGGAAGCAUUCGGACAUUGAUUUGGAGAGAGAAGAUGAAUGUGGAAUCUGCUUGGAGCCCUGCACUAAAAUGGUUUUACCAAACUGCUGUCAUGCAAUGUGCAUCAAUUGCUACCAUGACUGGAACAUGAGGUCAGAGUCGUGCCCAUUUUGCCGGGGUAGCCUGAAGAGAGUGGAUUCAGGAGACCUGUGGGUUCUCACGUGCAAUGGUGAUGUGGUUGAUGCUGAAACCGUGACAAAGGAAGACAUGUUGCGCUUCUAUCUUUAUAUAAACAGCUUGCCUAAAGAGAUUCCCGACGCUCUCUUCUUAGUAUAUUAUGAAUACUUGAUCUGAUCUGAUCUGAUCAGCCAUUGAUGAAAAGAAUGAUGUACAGGAAGAGAAAAAUGCUGACCAUCACAUGUAGAUAGAGUCUGGCAAAGUUCUUUUCGUAAAAUAUAUAUAUAUAUAUAUGUAUAUGUUUAAAUUUGUGUAGUUUGUUUCCCUUUGAUCUUUGUGCAGAAUAAUGUAAUUGUAUAGUAUUUGUGUUGAAUCAAUAAUUAACAGAGAAAAAUCUCAUUAUUUUUCUA